GGUCUUAAAAAUGGCGGUCGCUAAGGCUGUCGUGUUUUUAUUUGUGUUUUCGUCCGUUUGCUACUGCCAUGACAAUAGCGCAUUGUUACAUAAAGUUAUGGAAGCAGUCGAAAAACUGUUAGGUUUUUACGAGGCUAACUACCAGUUUCUGAAUCUUGACGGACUUUACGGCCUUAAAGUGCUGGAAGGUCAAGUGCAAAUUUUGCUGGAAGAACAUACAAACGGGCAUCACCAUCACCUUAGCUCCCAGAUUGUUGAACGCCUGGAACUUGUACAACAAACUUCUGCUCAUGUCAGUAAGCUCGCUCUUGUGCCAGUCCACCAUGAUGAUGAAGCUUACUUCAACGACCUCUCUCUCCUUGUGAAAACACCAUGGCGCAAUUUUAAGCCCCAUCGUCAGAUUGUGCCUUCCAAGCGCUGGGAAAUUCCCAUCUAUCAUCUAGCUAAAAAUGUGAGGAUAGAAGAGGGCUUCAGUAAUGCCUGCAUGAUGGAGAUGACACAUCCUGAUGCAAAUGGUGGCUUCAAGUGUGCAUUGUCUCAGAACUGCUCUGAUAAAAUGACCAAGCGUGGACUGACUGAUUAUGGCAUCACUCACCAACUUUUGUGGACAGCUCUUGCAGAAAAAGUUGGUUGUGAGAAAGAGAUAACAGUUUUGCUGCAAAAUUCUGGCUUUUCUAGUGUUGAUGAAUUUCAGGCUGAGUUUUGCACAAACAACUUCUUUGAGAUGCUUGCUGUGGUUCAUGUCUACAUGAAAGGAAAGAUUCAUACAAACUACCAAGAUCUGUUUUUGGAACAACAGUUUGUCUGUCCAAACAUGGGCUUCUAUGAAUUUCUGAAAAAGGAUUACCUGGACCAGAUUCUGAGGUGGCAGAUGCCAUCAGGCUGUUUUGGUGAAGAGAUUGAGCCACCAAACAAAGUUGGUGCCAUUCCACCUGAACUAGAUCUAAAAAAACUCUUUGCUUCCAAGAAUCCUGAAGGUGUUGCAGCAAACAUGGAAGAAUUUCAAAAGCAGCAGCGACAAGUUAAACCUCAAGGCAGCAAGCUUAAGUACAACAGUGAAAGAGGACUAGAGAGAGGCCCACGGCUAAAAAAGUUAACAGAUUUGCAGAGACAGAAUGGAAAUGCUCAAGAUGUUGAAAAAACCAAUAUAAGUAUGCUGCAUGAAGGUCAAGACAGGAAGAACAUUCUUGGUUUUCAGAACAAGGCAGUGCCUUUACAGCAGCCUGCAGCAGCUGUAAAUCUACCAAAACCUGAUGUUGAGAAUGACGAUAAUGAUAUAAAAAGGUUUCCUGCAAAGCGAGGUGCACAGGAGCACAUGGUAGUAAACAAGCAGGAAGAGAGAGUACCUGUGGAGUAUGUACACAAAUUCAGAGAAGAAAACCUAGGCCAGGAGGCAGCUCUUAAUGCUGGUGGCAUUGCUCAGAAGCUGCAGGUAAGGAAGAUGCUCAGCUACCACACUUCAUUUGGCGGCAGGAGGAGACUACUCACCGAAAAAGACAUGCCAGGAGGAUGUCUUGCUCACAAGUCUGGUGUGGCCGCUGGAGCGCUGGUCAUGUACUUGCGUUACCUCAUUGAUCCAGGACCUCUGGAUCUUGUCUCACCUCACGAUUUUUUCUUUGACAGCCACCAAAAUAUUCCUGAAGGUGGUGAAGUCUACAAGACGUUCAUGAGCAAACUUGAAGAACUUCACCAGCAAAGUCAGUCAUGGAAGGAAAGCAACCAGAUCAGGCAGAAUGCUGUGGUACCAGGGGACCAGAAUGUUGGAGAUGAGAACGGAGAAGAAGAAGAAAAUGAGGAAGAGAAUAUGCAAGACUAUGAUGACAAUGAAGAAAUGUACCCAGAUGCUGGUGGAGGACUCGGCCAGCAAGAAAAAAAGAGGGUGGUUCAUUUUGGGGCCAACAAAGGAGUGUUGCUGAAAGACAAUGUGGCCAAUUCAUAUGACAUCAAAGAUGAGGAGGAAUACGUUGAUGAUAAUGAAGAUGAGGAGGAAGAAGGUCCAGAUUACAUCAAGAGAGUGAAAGGUGAUGAUGAUGAUGGUGGAGGUGAUGCUGCAAAAAUUGAUGAAGAAAACCAGCAAGAAGACGAUACAGAGUAUACAUAUUAUGAUGACAAUGACAAUGCGGAUCAAGAAAUAAUCAAGAAGCAUCGACCACAACCACAGCCUGAGCAUGGAGCUAGAAUUCGAACUCAUAAUCGCCACCGAAGCAGUUCUAUUAACAGCAGCAACAGUGACUUCCUUGGGCAGCCUGAUUCUCCUCCCACUAAAACUGUCAUACUGCUUUUGUCAGCUUCUUCUGUUCUUCUGAUCAUUUUUAUCUACAGGUUUAUAAAAAAGCGCCGCAUACACAUUCGAUACAAUUCUAGGGCCCACUCAAGAGGAUUUUUUCGACUGUGAUAAUAAUCUUGAAACAUUACAUUGUCUUUUUUUCAGUUGGCUCGGGAUAUUCUUAAUGGUUUUCUUUAUGGGAAGAGGUUGUGUUGGGUAAUCAUGAGUGAAAUUUAGAGGUAUGCAAAAGUAUGCAUGGAUGACCAGUUGUUAGCCAAGGUUUACAAAAGUGUUUAGGCAUUUCCCACUUGCAUUUGCAAGACAUUUGAUUUUGCACUGACUUUGUUUUGUUCCUUUUAUUUGACUUCACUUAGAGCACAUUACUCAUUAAUAGAUCAUGAAAUGGUAACAUUCUGUGAUGCAAAUGUUAUUAUCUAUACAGUUUCAUUUUUAUACUUUAAUUUUAUACAUAAGAGAUGUAAAAGAUCCUCUACUGCCAGAUAAUCUUAUAAACCUAGAUGAAGAGUGCAGUUUUCUGUCAAAUCAACUAAGAAUUUUGUUGUAUUUCAACACCCAUCAUGACUUACUUCUGAAAUGAUUGUGAGCACACUUUUUGUGAGUAUAAUCCUUUUACCUCUACUUAUGUCCUUUUAUUGAGUCUUGCCUUUUAAACAGGUCUGCAUAUACCACUUUUAGGUUGGUCAAUUUACAUCACUUGUAAUUUUGGCUGUGUGUAUGGCACUUAGUAGAAAUAGAGUAUAGUUUAAAAUGAUGCUUCCUACUACAUGAAAAUUUGUCUUCCAGAAAAUGUUUAGUUACAGUGUGAAACACAUAACUUUUUCCCGUGUGUUAACUUUUUUUCCUUUCUUUAGUAAUAGUAUUACCAACAAAUUUUUCAAGAUAAAUAAUGAAAAAGUUAUAUUUUUAACAUGUACAAUGUGUGUCAGAACACACUUUAGGAAUCUUUUUUUGAAAAAUUUUUAUAUCGCUUGUUCAUUUUACACAUUAUGCUGUCCUUGAACUGCUUUUGGGCAUGGACUCUUUCUAUAUGUGGUUUAUCACAUUGUUUUAUAACUCUCAUCUCAGUACAGGGUGCUUUAGCAGGAGGGUCUAAGCAGUUCUUUAUUUGUUUAUAUAUAUAUAAUGCCACUUACAGUGGCAGCUGAAAGAUAACUCAUGGGGUUCUGCUGUCAUUACACAGUACAUAUGAAAUUUAUGGCUGAAGAUUUAACAUGAUAAAACUGUUAGUGUUUGAAUAAAGUUCAAAACAUUUUAUUAUGUUUCUGCUUUAUUAGGAAAACACAUACUAGGGAUCUUUCAUUUUUAUACCAGAUUUUUCUUCACAACAUAUUCAUAGAUCAUGAGCAUUUGAACUAAGAAAACAAAUGAGAUUUUAUUAUGUUUUUUAUAAGUUAGUGUCAGUACUUUAAACUCGUAAUGCCUUUAUUUUUAAGAAAAAUGUAGAUAUAUUUUACCCGACAGUGAUACAGAUGUCAAAAGAACUAGAACAGAGAUGUUUUAUAAUCAGUGAUCUAUUGUUUGAGCCCUUUUUUUUCUCGCUAUGUGUGUGUGAGAAUGUGCAUGUAUACUUGCAGGUGCUGGUGUGCAUGUGUGUGUGUAAAGUACAAGGUAGAAAAAAACAUGUGGUUUAGGUAUAUUUGAAAAUAUUUACAUGCAUAUGUGUGUGUUUGUGUGCAUGCAUGAAACAUGCUUUCUGCUUUUGAUGUAUAUAAUUAUAGCAGAGGCUGUGCGAAAAUCCUUCUUGUGUUCAUACUCAUCUGUUAUUCUUUUUAUGUAUAUUAUUUGUUAACUUGGUUAUUAAUCUUGUGAGUUGAACAGUUUUUGUGUGUUCCUGUUAUCUUCAUCAUUUUUAGUUUCAAUUAAUUUUGUUGUUGCUUCACUUCAUUUUUAUAUUUGAUGGCUAUUUGACUUUUUCACUCCAUAUCUCUCCUUAUGUGUGACAUGCUGUUCUUUUAAGUAUAAAGCAUUAUGCAGUAUUAUAAUAAUUAACUGCUGCAUGCAUUUGCGUGAAUGUUUACUUUGUAACUUUUCUUCCAAAGAUGCCUGUUAUUUGCUCUCUUUUCUUUAAUAAAAUGUCAGCUUUUAAUCACUAAUUUAUUUACUAUUCCAUCUACCUCCACCUAAAAAGAAAAAAACAAACAAAAAUACAUAGAACAUAAAAACAGAUAAUAUACUUCACGAUAUGAUCCAUUUCAGAUUGUGUAGAUAUUACCUAUCACUUUUGUUAGCAGAACAUUCGGCUGUAGUUUGCUCAUGAUCAUUGUGUGCUUACCUACUUGAGGCAAUCAGUAUCAUCAUCAUCACUCCCUUAAUUGGCGCUAGCUGGAAACAGAGCAAGCCAGCACACCUUAGGACUGACCUGCUAGUACCUGUUGUCAAUGAGAUGCAGCAAUGGCAAGGGCUUGCCGUUGAGGCCAAUUGUGAACCAAGAGGGUGGCCUUUCCACUUCACUUUCUUUUUUGUUUGUUUGUCCGUUUACCUCAGCAUUGCCCUCCCUGCACAUAACCAUGGAAGACCAACUUCAGGAGGGUGUUAUGACUAGAGGUUGAAUUAUGCCAGAUUUUGUCAUUUGACGGUGGUGAGUAGUGUUUUCUGGGGUCCCACCUUGGUGGUGACUGCACUGUAUAUGAAGUCAUUUGUUUUGUACUCUUUAUAAGAGAUCUGGAGCGCUCUCCUUGAGCAUUUGGUUUCAAAUGAUUGGAUCUGUCUCCGUAAGCAAACAGUCAUACAGCAAGAUGUAUUGGACGGUAAAGCUGACAUUUUUGCUGUCCCAUAUUUGAUUCAGUCUAACAUUGUUGCGAUUCUGAGGCAAAUUUCUGCCACACAGUCACUUUCCUAGGAGAUUAUAGCACCCAGGUUCCUGAAACUAUUUAAAUCUUCAAGCUGUACUCUGUUGAUGAAGAUCUCUGUUUUUCCAUGUCAGAUGAUGCUCACCAUGACUUUGCUCUUGUCCGUGCUAAACUCUCUCCUGUAUUUACCAACUCUGCUUGCCAGUUUGUAAGUUCCAGCCACUCAUUGUUGCUGCUUGGUGUCAUAUCUAUUUCAUAAACAAAGCAUAGGUCACAUGGCUUCCUGCCAACAGAUGCAGAGGUAUGAUGAUUGUGAAGGGUGUCAUCCAUCAUACUCUCCAGAUGUUACACAAUAGAGACAAAGGGGAACCCUGGAGAAGGCCCACUGUUGCAGGUAAGAGCACUCCCAUCUGGCUGUUCAGGAGUUCUGAGCCCAAUAGUCCAAAGAAGACCUUCCUCAAUAUUGAAUUUCCGCAUCAUGUGUCACAGUUCCUUGUGUUAGACUUCAUCAAAAGCCGCCUUAAAUUCAUUGAAGUUAUAGUAGAGAUCCUUGCCAUGCUGUAGAUACUUAUCAAUGAGGAAGUGACUGUUGAACAUUUGGCUUAUUGUUUAAUAGUUCUGGCACAGCUUGCUGUUUCCUUUCUUUGGGGGAAGUCCAGUGGCACAGUGGUUAGCGCCUGUCUCCAAUGCAGUGAAGGUUGGCUGUUCUCGGUUCAGCUCUUGUCUCGAGCAUGCUGUUCUUUCUCAACAUGUGGCAUCUGUUUACACAAUAUAUCCUCAGUUGCUGGCUCGGAGUACAACACCAAUCCCUAACCCCGCCUUUCUUCGUAAGAAGUAGGAACUUGAAGCAAAUAUUAGGUGAGUACAUUUUUAACUCUACAGGGUUCACUGCAAUGCGAUGGACCUAGAUCAUAAAAUAUAGUGUAAAGCUUCUCAAAAGUAUAGAAAUUAAAAGACACAGAUAUGUAUGGACACAGAUAUGCAUGUCUAUGCAGGUUAUUAACUUUUGCUUUAAACAGGUUAAAAUUUAAUCUAAAGUGAAAUCUAUCAUAAUUGUUUCCAGAGGUAUCUCACCAUCUCAGUUUAUCAUAUGCUUUAGCAUCAUCAUUAUUACACAUUUAUUACAAUUUUCUUGUGAAAUAUCUUGUAUUUUCGUUUACUUUUGCCGCCUUUUUGGGUGUUGGGUGGGAGAGGGACUGGUGGAAAUGAGGAUAGAUGUUGUUUGAGUGCUUUAAUUUGACAUAAAUACUUCAAGUACAUUUUUUUCAAAGUGACAAAAUUAUCUACUAUAUUUAAACCUUUAAUUGCUACAGUAAAUGAAAAUAAUCAGCAUUACAAUCCUAAUUUCACAUAUAUUUUUGCUGAGGUAAUUGGGAUCUUGUUUGUGUUUUCUUGAGACAGUAACCAUUUUUCUUUAGCUGUAGGAUAUUUGUUCAACAUGUAUCAAAGUUUAAACGUGGGAGAUAUGUGAGCUGUGCAAUAAUUUUCCAAUAUUCUAUUAAUGUCACAGGUCUCUGGGGUUUUUUUUUUGUGUGUGGUUACUAUUAUUAAGGAUGUCUUGUUUCAAUCACUUUAGAUGUGUGUACUGUGCAAAUGCUUUCAUUCAUUGGACUACUUUCUACACUGAAAUCACUUCCUUGGCUCAACCUGUUCAUUGACUGGUGCAUUUCACUUUCUCUCCACAUUGUCUUCUUAUGGAAAGAAAAUUUUAUAUUCUUGCAGCUUUCUCAAAACCAAGUUGCUUCAUAGAGAUGUUGUACCAUGUUUAAUGUAUUCGGUAUCUAGUUUUUUGUUGAUUAUGUAAUCUAUAGAAAUGAUAAAGAACUCAGUGACCUAAUACUUCAAUCAACUACUGCUUGGAAAAAAAUGCAUUUAAGAGAAAUGAUGAUAAUGAAUGAUCGAAAAAAUAGUGAACGACCAGUUCACAACAUCGAUAAUUUGCCUGAUUAAGAAUAUGUACUUGUUUGUUUUCAUGAAACUUAUAUAGGAAAGAAACUAUAAUUUUAAGCCUUUUUACAUUGCAACACAUAUUUGUGACUAACUUAAUGGUAUUUUAACCUCCAUAUUUGCUAAGAUCAGAGUUCAUAUGAAGCUUGACCAAUUGUGGUAUAAACGUCCAUUGCUAAUCAUAAGUUUGUGUUUUUACCUAAUAAUGAUCAAUAUCCUUCACAGUCUUUGCUGCCCCAUCUACAUUAGUCUGAAAUCACAAUUACAUGAAAGCACUUCCCCCCCCCCCCAAACAAAAAAAUUUUUAAAAAUAACACUCUUUGGCUUGUUGCCUUGAUUCUGCUGCUGAUGUAAUAGAGUAUUGAAAGAAAUAUUAUUGCAUUUUGAAUUAUGACUCUUAACCAUUGAAAAGUAAAUUGAAAAAUUUUCUUACUUAAAAACUCCACACUCUGGUAAAGAUUUGAAAUUAAGUAUUUUGUGUGGGUGGGUGUGCAUCUAUUAUGUGUGUGUGAGAGAGAGAAGACAGAUACAUGAAUAGUACACUCUUGCCUUGUUAUCUCACCACUAUCUUAAGCACACCAGAAGUUUGUUGAAAAGCUUAGUUGGUAGUAUACAGUUUGUCCAGUAGUGUGAUUAGAAUGUUUUGUAUCUUAAAUGUUGAUACUGUAUUUUAGUACACAAAAAUGUUGUUAUAAAAAGUAGACAAAAUUUAUGUAUUAUUUAGAUAAAGUAAAUUACAUAUUCCUGACGAGAUAGGAAUGUAGGUUUGUCUACUGUCUUAGUGCCAGUAUUCCAUGUCUCAUUUAAUCAUUCACAAACCAUGAGCAUCAGCUCCAGUUUGUAAUAUCUAGAAUGUAGAGGUGGUGACAUAUUUUAUGUGUGAGAAAGACAUGAGAUCAGGCUGGCAGCUUUAAAAAUGUAGCAGGGUAAGAUGCGCGUGAUCUCCCAAUCUUUCUACUAGAACAAAACACAACACUUUCAUGGGCUCUGGAUCGUUUUACUCCAAUGCCAGUUGAUAGUGCUGGCUAUGGCGAAACUCUACACAACUCUCUGUAAAAUGUGCUCCCACCUCUGCUCUCUCUCCUCACGUUCUGACCACUCGCCUCUUCACCCGACCUUCACUCUCUACUUCCCCAAACACCCGCACACCUACAUCCUAUCGCUAGUCGACCCACUCCUGCUAUCCUUCGGUCACAGGGUUGUCACCCGGUCAGUAAUUACCCCCCAUCGCCAGCUUGUGUGUCCUGUGUGCAUGUGUAUGCCAUCUUCCAUCCUACUUCUAUACAAUGUUCCAUACUACCAUAAUAACAUGGCAAGAUGUGCUGGCUAGAUUAACAAGGCAAGACUUUGCACAUGGGCCAUUCAUGUGCCCAUUCCACAGCUAGAGAAGACAAACACAAAAAUUAUUUACUUAUUGAAUAAAACACUUGUGAAAGGAAGGAGAGUGCAUUACUAAGCCUAGGUAAACAUAGAAAAAGAAUAUCAAAUAUUGCUGCAUCACUUGAAAAAAAAAAAUUAGCAGAGUUUAGAAGUAUUGCAGAUAUUUUGUUCACUGAAAGGCAGUAUAAUAUUAGAAACACAACAGAAUACAUGUUUUUUACUCAGGAGAUGCUCUGAAAGAAAGUUACUUGUCAAAGAUUUUUGUUUUUCCAUUGCUUCUGCUACUCCAUGUUCAGCAGGGCUAAGAAGAUCCAGUGUAGUAGUAUUCUGACAUUUUGUGUAUCUAGCAUCUGAUGUUUAGCACAUGCUAGGUACUUCUUUAGUGUGUUAAUACAAUAACUGUGCAUGCCUGUAAACAUCUUAAAAUUGUUUUGGGGGUUUAAAUGGUUGUUCAUUAAUGGGUUAGGGUUUGUUGUGUGUUUGUUGGAAUUCACAUUCAGAACAUCUGUAUAAAAGAGUGAUUGAUGAAAUAACAUGUGUUAAUUUGUCUUCCAUUUUAUGAAUAGUACUUUUAUUUAGGAAUCAGACGGAAACAAAUCAUCAGUGAAGUACAGUAUAAUAUUUUGUUUUUCCCAAAUGGGGAAUAUCAUCAACUCAAAAAAAUGGUUAAUCAUAUUAAUAACAAAACUUUGAAAAUUAAACAAAUGAAGCUGCAUGUUCUUUGUAAAUAUUAGUUGAACAAAUCUAGGCUUACUUGAGCUGCUGAUUCAUGUUCACUUAUCAUGAACUCAGCUGACUUGUCAGUGAAGUGUUUACUGCAAGAGUUUGAUAAUCUUCACUGUCCAAAAGGAGCCAUUGUUUGAUAAUCUUCACUGAGCCCAAAGGAGCCAUUGUUAUGACAUGUAUAGUCUGCUGCUUACCAAUCUUUGAACUGCAUUAUAAUACCCUCAAUGGACAUUGAAAAAAAAAGAAGAGAACAACAGGCCUAAAGGAAAAUAGACAGAUGGCUGACAUAGUCUAUAUGCUCAGAAAAACCUUACCAACAAGGCAAAUCACACAUUUCAUGAUAGGCUUCAGUUUUCUGGUGAACCGUGAUUUUGGAAUGCUACUAUAACAUGGGUUUAAUGUUACAAGUUUUCAUGUGUAUUUUACUGUUGUAUCUGUCUAGUGAUUGUGUGUGUGUAUAUACAGUGACAUAAGUAUUUUUUUUCACUUUGGCUCAAUGCAGGUGAUGUCCUAAGAGGUGGGAUGGUGUUUUGGCUGGGGAAGAAAGGUGUGAGGAUCAGUGAACGGUGUGGUCAAAACUGUGAGAGAAAUCAAUUACUGAUUUUCAUCUCUUGAAAGCUAGAUCGCUUUUUUUAAAUGCUGUGUCACAAUGUUAACGCACUGGGUCCAGAUAACAACAACAGAUUUAGUGCAACCACAGCAGUGGUCAGAUUUACGCAGUAAACAACAACCUGGGUCCAGUGAGUUAAACAAUUUCAGGAAACAAAAGUAAUUGCAGUAUUUAUGUUAAUUUUAUUAACAAUUUUAUUUUUAAGUUUCACGAAGAUUUAAAUUGUGAGGUGAUCUUUCAGGCACAGUAUCAGUGAGUUUGUAAUUUUUUUAGGAAGAAUGUUUUCAAUGUUGUGCUGUCUUUUAAACCUUCAACAUGGUUGAGUGCUUUAAGUUUUAAUGCAAAGUAAUCUUGCAUUCAGUACUAGGUGACUAUGAUGUUUGUUUUAACUGAAUUUUCUAGAGGUGAAACAAAAAGAAGGUGGUAGUUAUUAAUCUGUAUCAAAAACUACUGUAAAAAAGCAUAUAAAGCUGACUCUGAAAGUUAUUGUGCUUUUGGAUUUGAUGAAAUAAAUUUGCCUUAAUUGGA